GACGAAAAUGCUUCAACGUCGAGGGGCUUACGUCAUCCUAAUCGGUGUUGUGUUACUAGUGUGGCAAUUCUAUUUCGUGCAGCAAAGCCAAAGGGUAGAGAAUAUUAACGUUGAUGUUGAAUCGUUUUCAAAUAAAGUGCCAAAACAUUUCAAUUCCAUCGGAAACGAAGGGAAACACGAAAAUGAGACGACGGUCUCGAUGCCAAAUCCACUCGUGUUACAAACGACUCUCGAACCCUACAGAGUGAUGGAAAAUUAUGAGCAAGAGAGACCGCCAGAAGUUGACACACCUUUCAAACGCAUACUGUUCUGGAAUGACGCGUACGGAGGCAAAGAUUACGGAAUUGGAAUCGGACGAAAUGCCCUACGCAAAUGGGAUUGCCCGGUAUGGCAGUGCGAGACUUCGGAUAACCGCACGGAUGUCCAGGAUUACGACGCCGUUGUCUUUCACCUCCGCAGUUGGAGCCGGAACGACUUGCCACAACGUCGAUCACCCCAUCAGCGCUACAUCGGCUGGAUUAUGGAAUCUGCAGCGUGGCGUGAAUACAUGGUGGACAUGAAACCGAUGGAAAAUUAUUUCAACUGGACGAUGACGUACCGUUGGGACUCUGACAUGGUCGGCCCUUACGGCUACGUCAAACCGAUUGGAAAUGUACCACUUCAUCCAAGUGAGAGUCAAAUGAAAGAGUAUUUAUCCAAUUCAAAAGUCAAUUACGUGAAUGGGAAAACGAAAAUGGCAGCUUGGUUUGUCUCCAACUGUUACUCGAGAAGUAGUAGAAACGAGAUGGUCAAAGAGCUACAAAAGCACGUCCGUGUUGACGUUUACGGAACCUGCGGAACGAUGACCUGCCCGAGGAACACGGAAGACGAAUGCCGAGAAAUGGCAACCAAAAAUUACAAAUUUUACAUGUCACUGGAAAAUUCCCUGUGUCUCGACUACGUCACUGAAAAGUUCUUUGCUAUGCUUCAUCAACCCAUCAUCCCGAUCGUUUACGGUGUUCACGACCACUACGAUCAAAUUGCACCGACCCAUUCCUUCAUCAACGCUGCGAAAUUUGAAACUAUGAAACAAUUGGCUGAUUACCUGAUCCUUCUCGACAAGAAUGACACGUUGUAUAACGAAUAUUUCUGGUGGAAACCUCAUUUUGAGGUGCGAUACAGUCAAAAGGACAAAAACAAAAGCAUGUGCCAUCUAUGUGCCGCUCUCCACAAUACGACGUUACCACCGAAAAUCUACAGGGACAUGACCGAAUGGUGGGAAACAAAAUCAAAGUGUGCAGACUCACCUCACAUAUCCUGAUGUGUACAUACCUCGAUGUUAUCUGCAAAUAAAAAGAACAUUUAAAAUUCACAAAUGGGUCACGGGAAAUUAUCAUUAGCCACUUCUUGGAUUGGGAUUUUGAAAUCUGACAAGGAAAUGGGAAUUCCCAAGUAAUGUAAGAUUUAGUCACUCUGUACUUUCUUCGUUAGCCUAGUUUAAUUGCGACCUCGAAUCAUGUCCUUGCCAUUCGAGUUAUCUACAGUGAUGACGUUGCUAAUUCAGUGGCCAUGAGGCACACACUUCCCAACUGGCAAAAGGGACAAGACAAAGGAGUUCAGAAAAAUCAAGUCAGUUACCAUACUUGGAAUAAAAUUGCUGGGAAGCAACAGUCGAGAUAAAUCGAUUGUCAUCAAGGGUUAAAAGACACUGUUU